AUGGGACAGUAUCCAUAUCAAACGGAACGAAGUCAGAAAAUCAAUGUGACUGUGAUGGUUUCUACUGUAGUGAGCCUCUUAAUCCCAGCACUGUUAGAAACAUAUUCUUCAAUGCGCGAACACGACCUGGACACAGUUAUGGAGUGCGUGCCAGUUAUAGUCACAGCACUGGUUGCCUUGAUAAAAAUACUAAAUCACAACAUUAACAGGAAAAAGUUUGAAAACAUGUUCGACCGUAUGACUGAACAAUGGGAUAUCUCUGAGAUCAAUGGCGAAUUACACAUUCUGAAUGAAAUCACCGAACAAGGAAGUAGAAUGGGCAGUUUAUAUAGAAGUAGUUUAUGGGGAUUUCUGGUGCUAUUCGUAUCUCUUCCGUUGUGUUCUCCGUUUUUAGAUAUCAUUGCCCCGUUAAAUGAAACUCGAGCAAAGCUACCAUUAUUCAAGUUGAAUUACAUCGUAGACAUGGAUGAUCAUUUUUAUAUAGUUCAUUUACAUUCAGCAUGGUGGUCCUUUGUUAUUGUGUUAAUUAUAACCACUAUAGACUCAUUAUACAUGGUUAUUAUUCAUUACUCCUGUGGUUUGUUUGUCCUAUGCGGGUAUCAGGUUAAGAAAGCAGCGGAAGUCGGAAGAGCGAUUGAUAUUAAAGACAAUCGAUUUAAAAGCUGUGUGAUCAUUCAUUACGAAGCCAUCAGCUUUUACGAGUAUAUGGACGAAAGUACUCGCACAAGUUACUUGUUUCAAGUUUUGUUCAACAUGAUUGGCAUUACCUCAACAGCCGUUCAAGCUGUUAUGUACAUCGACCAACCGAGGGAGUCUCUUAAAGUUAUUAUGUUCCUAUUGGGUCAACAAUUUCAUUUGUACGCCCUCAGUGUACCUGGCCAAGUGAUGAUAGAUCGAAGUUCAGAGUUAAUUAAUGAUAUAUACGUUUCUAAAUGGCACGAGAUACCAUUGAAAUUCGAGAAAACACUCCACAUAAUGCAAAUUAGAUGCAGCAAGCCAUGUAAGCUAUCAGCAGGAGGAUUAUACGAAAUGAACAUCGAGAAUUUCGGAGCAAUUGUUAAAACUUGUAUGUCGUACUUUACAAUUUUGCUAUCAUUGAGGGAGUGA